AUGUGUGAUAAUAUUUGUGAAGAUAAAAAGAACUAUAUGUUCGGUCGCCCUCCAUUUUUAAUACCUCAAAAUGUGGCGGAUUCUCCUAGUACCACUGUAGAAUUAGACUAUCCUUUAUAUGAAACAGCACCGAACAGAGAAAUAAAGAACAUAAUACAAGAAACGACGAUAAAUGUGCCCAAGGUAGAAUAUAAAAACAAAAUUGUAGAAAUCCCUAGGGUGGAAUAUCGUACGUAUCCAUUAAUAAAAGAGGUGGAGACACCAAUAUAUCAAGAUAAGUAUGUAUAUAAAAAUGUUGAGGUACCUAAUAAAAGGUUAAGGAUAAAACCAGUAUAUAAAGAAGUAAAAGUACCACAAAUAGAAUAUAUAAAUAAAUAUAUAAAAAGAAAAUAUAAAAGAUAUAAAUAUAUCCCUAAAGAGAUAAAAGUACCUUUUAGGCCUAGAAGAGAAAUAUAUAAUGAAAUACCUAUUCCUAGAUAUAUACCUGAAAAUAUCGAAAAUUGUGUAGAAAAAAAAAAAAUGUUAGAUACUGCGUAUAGAGGAGAAUUACCAUUAUUUCAAGGAUAUGAUGAUAAUAUAAUAAAUAUGAUGAAUCCAUUUUGUACAUAUAAUCAAUCGGAUAAUUUAUAUAACAACCAAAUGUGUGAAGGAAAAAGAAAAAAAGAAAAAAUAUGGAAUUAUGAUAUAUUAAAUUGUUUAUGUAUUAAUAAUAAUGAAAAUGGAACAUAUGAUAUCGAUCCAAAUAAUAUAUAUCCAUCAUAUGAUAAUAGAUUAAAUGAACAAGUAUAUGAUCACAAUAAGAUAUAUUCAUCUUCACCUUAUGAACAAUUAACCUAUACACCUCCAUAUCAUAUAAUUUUAGAUAGUGAUCAAAAAAAAGAGGAAAAUAUAUUUUGCCAUAAAGUAAUAGAAGUAACAUCUUCUCUUCUCGCCUUUACGGGUAUAGCUAUUAUUAUGAUGGGGAAGUUAAGUUUACAUGGUAUAUCUAUACUAAUGAAAAAUAUUAAGAGUAGGAAUAAUAAUACACAAGUAGAAAAAAUAAUAAAUGAGAUAAAGGAUGAUGAAGAUACACUCUGUCCACCAGUCAAAAAAAAUAACAAUAUGAUAUAA